AUGGCUCAUCAGAUCCCCAUCGUCGUCGGCGUCGGCGACUUCGUCAACCGAUCCACCGCGGUUGCCGACGCGCUGGAGCCGUUGACGCUCAUCCUCAACGCCAUCAACAACGCGCUCGACGACACCGGUCUCCCCCAGGACAAGAGGCGGCAGGUCCAGGCCGCCGUCGACAGCAUCGACGUCGUCCGCACGUGGACCUGGCCCUACGACGACCUCCCGGGCGACAUUGCCCGUGGCCUCGGGGUCGAGCCGCGCCAUAAAUUCUACAGCGACCACGGCGGAAACAAGGUCGCCAAAUUGUUCGAUCAUGCCGCGAGGAGGAUCUCGCAGGGCCAGACGAACGUCGCGAUUGUCACGGGAGGAGAGGCUUUGGCGUCCCUGAGCGCGUGUGCUGCGGCGAAGAAGUUCCCGCCGCCGGGUUGGACCAAGACGAAGGUAAGGGUCGACGGAGUUUUCAGUCCCACAGACAGAGAUAUGGGCAAAGAUCUCGGUGCCAUCCACUCGAUAGGCGCCCCCAUCCAUAUCUAUCCGCUUUUCGAAAACGGUUUCCGCGCCCACCGCGGCCAGUCGAUACCCGACAACCACGAGGAGUCGUCUCAGCUGUACGCCGAAUUCGCCAAAGUCGCUGAGAAGUCGCCAUACUCGUGGAACUACGGCAAGCCGGCGCCCACGAAGGAGGUCAUCGGGACGGUAACGAAGCGCAAUCGCAUGAUUUGCUUGCCCUAUCCCCUUCUCAUGAAUGCAUUCAACACCAUCAAUCUGGCCGGCGCAUGCAUUCUGACCUCGACAGCCUACGCCGAGGAACUUGGUAUUCCCAAGGAAAAGUGGAUCUAUGCCCUCGGUGGUGCUGGCACACAAGACUGCGACAACUUUUGGGAACGACCCAACUUCUACACAAGUCCAUCGAUCGAACAGUCCAUUGACACGGCACUGCGUGUCUCGGGUGUCGACAAGGAAGAAAUUGACCUUUUCGACUUUUAUUCAUGUUUCCCGAUUGUCCCCAAGGUCGCUGCAACACACCUGGGCCUACCCAUCACGCAUGGAACCAAGCCAAUCACUCUCCUUGGCGGGCUGACCAGCUUCGGAGGUGCAGGAAACAAUUACUCCAUGCACGCCAUCACCGAGAUGACGCGACAACUGAGACAGGGCAAAGGCCGAAACGGCCUGAUCCUUGCGAACGGUGGUGUCAUGACUUACCAGCACGUGUUGUGUUUGUCGACGACACGCCGACGAGAUGGCUCCCCUUACCCAGACAGAGACCCGUUGCCGCAGUUUGUGACUGGCCUCACUGUCCCGAAGAUCGACGCCAAGGUCGAGGGAGAGCAGGAUGCGGUCAUCGAGACAUACACUGUUGAAUUCAAACGUGACAACACCCCGCUCCGGGCAUAUAUCGUGGGUCGACUGAAGAAGAACGACCACCGGUUCGUCGCCAACCACGCGGACGAGGAGACACUGCGGCAGCUUUCGACCGGGACGGAUGAGAAGAUUGGACGGGCAGGACGGGUCCACAGCGAUGGAGUGAGGAACUUUUUGUCGCUGAAGAAGGAGACACGGGGCAAGUUGUAG